CGCACACAAGGCGUGAUUCAUAGCUGGCGCACCAGGGCCCGACAGAGGGCGUCGCGUCACCGAGGCGGGGGGGACGGCUGCCAGCAGCAGCGGCCCGCACCGCACCGCCGCACUCCAUCACCGGACACAGCCGACGACGCGCGCGCAUACCUAUCUUAGUUUUCCAACAUUUGUACUGUCCAGUGAACCAAUAUAUUAUGUAUUAAGUGUUACAGUCCACUUUCAUUUAAGUACCUUUAGUUAGGUCCCCUACAUUUUGGUCACUUCGGCCUUCUACAAUUUAAAUCCGCGUAACGGGUUUCUACGAACAAAGAAAUCGUUCGCGCGGUGACAGUACGAGGCGACGUUGGUGGACUUUGAUACGAGCGACGAGUCUUCAAAAGCGCCGUGUCACUACAAGCGGCAUUCGAGAGAAGAGAAGUUUGGAGUUGGAGUCGUCUAAAUACGUAGAACGAGGAGAGGACGUCUACAAGUUCCCGAAGUCUUCACGUCGACGGUGGUCAAGUCUCGACUUAGUUGGUCGAACACGCCGGGUCAUCUACGUGCUUCGUGGGAAUCAACACAGUUCGCCUUGUGGAUAAAGAUAAGCAUAUUUGUGUAUCGUUCCAAAUUCCUUUCUUUAUAAUUUCCGUUACAAAUUCAAAUUUCAAAAAUUUCCGUUGCAACCGUUUUCAGUUCAGUUUCAAAUUUGAGCAAACAAGUGAUUAUUUAAAUCAUUUUUAAGUCUAUUGGCAUUAACGCGCAUUCAUUCAGUGCUGUAUGGAAUAGAUUUCUUAUCGGUUAACCGUUUAAGUUCUUUGCUAAUGAGCUAACGGUCACGAGUCACGAGCCUAUUCGUAUUGAAACAUCUGGUUGCUGCGUUAGUCAUCACUUGUGCAUUUGCUUAUCGCAUUAUCUGUUAUUCUAUCGCAUCAUUUGCAUAACAUCUUUUGUAUUUUUUAUUUUCAAACCACCUUCUUAUAAUGGCUAAUGAAGAUUUGUUAAUAAGAAAACGCAGUGCUAUUAAAGCUAAGCUUACGAAUUUUUGCAAUCAUGUUAAUGUGCUUAUGAGUUGCGAUUCAUUAUCCAGUUUGCAGCGUAUUGAGCUAGAGGGUCGCCUUCGUAAAUUUGAUGCUUUAUACGAUGAAUUUGAUAAUUUGCAGUUGGAGAUCGAGGUGCUCUCGGAUAAGCCAGACGAGGCGUACGGGGAACGUGCCAAGUUUGAGGAGCGGUACCACGCGGUGGCAGCUCAGGCGCGCAGCCUGCUUAUCAGCGCUGAUGCCGGCGUUGACGGCGGGUCUGUAGCGGGCUCAGCGGAUAAAAACACAGGUGCAUCGUUCCGUCAUAAUUUUGUACGCUUACCUAAAAUUAAUUUGCCUACUUUCGAUGGUAGUUAUCAAUGUUGGCUCGAGUAUAGAGAUACAUAUCUGUCACUUAUUCACAGUAGUAGUGCUAUCGAUGAUAUUAGCAAAUUUCAUUAUUUGCGCGCUUCGCUUACGGGAGAUGCUCAGCAAGUGAUAAAAAAUAUAGAUUUUAAGAGCGAGCAUUAUCAAUUAGCGUGGAAUCUAUUAUGUGAGCGAUAUGAUAAUAGCAGGCUUCUAGUUAAAAACCAUGUGCAAACUUUGUUUAAUACUCCGGCAAUUCUUAAAGAAUCUUGUGUAGCCUUACGUCAAUUUGUUGAUAAUAUCAAUAAGCAAAUUAGAGCUUUAAAAUCACUGAACGAGCCCACUGACCAGUGGAGUACACUGGUGGUGAUUAUGAUGAGUAGCAGACUGGAUAAGGUCACUAACAGAGACUGGGAAGAGUAUAGCAAUACCUUACCCAAAUUUCCAACAUUGUCAGAAUUUUGUUCGUUUGUUAGUAAAAGGGCUGAUUUAUUAGAGACAGUAGAACAUAGCAAAUCAACAAAUAAGGAAGAUGGUAGUACAAACAGUUACACAGUAAAUACUAAUAAUUCUAAAAAAAACUAUAAUACAACAAAACCUAAACCUAAUACUAAUAAGGAAUUUAAUAAUUGUCCGUUGUGCAAAAAUAAUCAUUUCAUGUUUGUGUGUGAUGAUUUUCGUAAGUUGUCAGUAGAAAACCGUUUAGCAAAGGUGAAGGAGCUUAAUGUGUGCUUUAAUUGUUUACGUCCAGGGCAUUCAAGUAAACGUUGCAAAUUGUCACACUGUAAAUAUUGUAAUCGUAAGCAUAACACGCUUUUACACGUAGAGCAGUCUAAUUCAACUGUACAAGACCCAAUGCCUAGUAGUGUAGCUCUGCCUACUUUACUGACUGAUGACGUUUCUGGUGGUGCACAGUUACAAAACGGCACAUCUGAAAGCGUUGUUAUGUCAAGCGACACUGCAGCUACUACUCGUUCUGUUUUGCUUUCCACAGCUCUGGUGACAGUGGUCAGCACCCGAGGUGAGAAGUUCGACGCCAGGAUCCUGCUGGAUAACGGUAGCACAGCUAAUUUUAUCACUGAAACACUGUGUCACAAGCUGGGAUUGCCUAGACGUAACGUUAACUCCACGAUAUCAGGUGAGUCGUACGAGAUGGCUAAGCGGCGAUUUCUAUCACUGGAGCGUCGUUUUCUUCGUGAUCCAAGUUUCAAGGAGCGUUAUGUUGCCUUCAUGGAGGAGUAUGAGCGUCUUGGACACAUGACAGAAAAUACAACGUCUAGGAAGCCACAUUCAGAUGCCUCUGAGAGAGCCUUUGGUUGUUGCGUAUAUCUUCGGUCGGUGAAUAUGGAAGGUGCAGUCAAGGUACAACUUCUUGCAUCGAAGAAUCGCGUAGCACCAAUAAAGCCUACUACCAUUCCACGUCUCGAGCUUUGUGGGGCGUUGCUAGGCGCUAGACUGUGUGCUAAGGUACAAAGUUCCAUUACUUUACCUAUUACUAGAUGCCAAUUUUGGUGCGAUUCAACAAUAGUGUUGAGUUGGCUAGCUAUGUCACCGAACGUAUUGAAACCUUUCGUACGCAAUCGCGUUAACGAGAUACAGGAGAGUACUGCAGGUCAUACGUGGAGUUACGUGCCGUCUAGAUUCAAUCCGGCAGAUCUUGUUUCUCGUGGGCUGAAGGCUGACCUUAUCAGCGAGUGUUCUUUAUGGUGGUCAGGCCCAGAGUUCUUGUUAAAUGAUGAAACACACUGGCCAGCUAUGCCCAACAAAGCUAUGAAACAGGAUCUACCAGAAGUAAUUACAUCUAACUUCACAGAUCACUCGUUUCUCACAGACACACAAAAACACGCACAGCACACAAAUACAUCAUUAAUUCAUACAUUAUUACAUAAAUAUUCUAACAUAAAUCGUCUACAAAGAGUGGUGGCCUACAUAUUAAGAUUUUAUAAUAAUGUAAAGAACAAAAUCAAGGAUAAAAAUCCAUUAUCAAUUAAAGAACUUCAAGAUUCUUUAAAUUUCAUUUUAAGACAAGCUCAAAUGGAGAUGUUUUCCAAAGAAUAUGACAUUCUUAAAGCUGGUAAGACUUUGCCUCGCAAAAAUAGAUUGAUUUGUUUGAGUCCUUUUGUUGACGAAGAUGGUCUUAUCCGUGUAGGCGGGAGACUUGAUAAUUCGCCUUAUGACUAUAAUAUCAAGCAUCCAAUUUUACUAUGUUGCAAACAUCAUAUCACUAAAUUAAUUUUCCACGAAUAUCAUUACGAUUUAUUACACGCUGGCCCUCAAUUGUUGAUCGCAAGUAUACGGCAAGUGUAUUGGCCACUUGGAGGCAGAAAUCUAUCUAAAUCAGUUGUAAAACACUGCAUUAAAUGUUUUAAGUUCAAGUGUCAAAAUAUUCAACCUGUCAUGGGACAAUUGCCUGUUAAUAGGACUCAAUUGGAAUUCCCAUUUUUAAAUUCCAGUGUCGAUUAUGCCGGGCCAAUAUUGAUAGCAGAUCGAAAGGGGCGAGGGUGUAAACUUGUAAAGGCGUACCUAUGCAUCUUUGUUUGUCUUGCAGUGAAAGCUGUCCAUAUCGAGCUCGUUACAGACCUUACUAAGGAGGGCUAUAUGGCUGCUUUAAGCCGUUUUGUUGCUCGUCGUGGCAAACCCAAGAGCAUCUUGUCUGACAAUGGCACCAAUUUUGUAGGCACUUGUAAUGAGUUGCAACAAUUCUUACAACAAUCAAAUAUAUCGUAUGAAGUUGCACAAAGGGGUAUUGAAUUUACUUUUGCCCCUCCAUAUUCUCCACAUUUCAACGGCAUUGCUGAAGCUGCCGUUCGAUCAACUAAACACCACCUGAAAAGACUAUUACAGUUAACACACUUCACAUACGAAGAAAUGGUCACUUGUUUAACUCAAAUAGAAGCUGUUCUUAAUUCACGUCCUCUCACACCACUUUCCUCUGAUCCGUUAGAUUUUACUGUCCUUACUCCUUCACACUUUUUGAUUGGACGAUCACUAAUAGCUGUUCCGCAUCCACAGGUGUCUGAUGUAAACAUCGGCCGCUUGGAGCGCUACCACAGAGUGGAGCAUAUUAAGCAGCAUUUCUGGAACCGAUUCCAUUUAGAAUAUAUCUCUCUGCUGCAGCAAAAAACUAAGUGGACGUCAUCUACAGGACAACUGGCAGAGGGAACGUUAGUUCUCAUCAAGGAGAGAGGACAACCGCCAAUGCUGUGGCCACUGGGACGUGUCACGAAGGUGUUCCCGGGGAGCGACGGGAUAACGCGUGUGGCUGAGUUGAAGACGCGUAAGGGAACAAUUCUACGUUCCUUUAAUAAUAUUUGUCCACUUCCACUAGAUUGAAUGCUUCAACCCGGGGAGGAUGUUCACGCACACAAGGCGUGAUUCAUAGCUGGCGCACCAGGGCCCGACAGAGGGCGUCGCGUCACCGAGGCGGGGGGGACGGCUGCCAGCAGCAGCGGCCCGCACCGCACCGCCGCACUCCAUCACCGGACACAGCCGACGACGCGCGCGCAUACCUAUCUUAGUUUUCCAACAUUUGUACUGUCCAGUGAACCAAUAUAUUAUGUAUUAAGUGUUA